GCCGUAGGAGCACCGAGCACGCGCGUCUCGCCACGCUUCGCUCAAUCGCUUCGCUUUGCGCCGAUAUAUACACCAAGCACCGGCAAUCCACCGCGCAGCCACCAUGCCGGCCUCCGACCCCGCCCCCGCCGCCGCCGCUGCCGCCUACGACCGCACCGCCGAGCUCCGCGCGCUCGACGCCACCCUCUCCGGCGUCCGCGGCCUCGUCGCGUCGGGCGCCACCCACCUCCCCCGCAUCUUCCACAACGUCGUCCAUGGUGAUCAAGAACCACCGGAGGCGACGGCGCCAUCGUCCGCGGCCACGACCACGACGACCGUCCCGGUGAUCGACAUCAGCGGGAGCCGCGCGGCCGUGGUCGACGCCGUCCGGCGGGCGGCGGCGGAGUGGGGGUUCUUCCAGGUGACGGGGCACGGGGUUCCCCUCGCCGCGAUGGACGCCGCGGCGGGCGCGGCGCGCGCGUUCCACGAGUCCGGAGGCGGCGAGGGCAGCGACAAGGCGCGGCUCUACUCGCGCGAGCCCGGGAGAGCCGUCAAGUACCACUGCAACUUCGACCUGUACCAGUCGCCGGUGGCCAACUGGCGCGACACGCUCUACCUCCGCAUGGCGCCCGACCCGCCGCCCGCCGCCGACUUGCCGGAGAUCUGCCGGGAUGCACUGUUUGAAUAUGCCAAACAAGUAAAGAAUUUGGGGAACACACUGUUCGAGCUGCUCUCGGAGGGCCUUGGGCUCAAACCGAGCUACCUGACAGACAUAGAAUGCAACCAGGGGCAAAUCAUACUAUGCCACUACUACCCUCCCUGCCCCCAGCCUGAGCUCGCCAUCGGGACAAGCCGGCAUUCGGACUCCGGCUUCCUCACCAUACUUCUCCAGGAUGACAUUGGGGGCCUCCAGAUCCUCCAUGAGGACCGAUGGGUCGAUGUCACGCCAACUCCUGGAGCGUUCAUCGUCAAUGUUGCCGAUCUCCUGCAGUUGAUCUCCAAUGACAAUUACAAGAGUGUGGAGCAUAGAGUGGUGGCGAAGAACACUGAACCGAGAGUCUCGAUUGCCUGUUUCUUCAGCACCCAUUUUCAUCCGAUUUCCACGAGGAUGUAUGGCCCGAUCAAGGAGCUGUUGUCUGAUGAGAACCCGCCUUUGUACAGGGAGGCACUCGUCAGAGAUUACACCGCGCGUUACUACUCCGUUGGGCUAGAUGGCAAGUUCAAGACUACUCUUUCUGAAUUCCGGUUAUAGAUUGGUAAAGAAAGUCUAUGAUGUACCGGUGUGAAUUGUAUCAUGUACUUGAAAUCAGUAAAGAUAGAGAUAGGGACAGUGUGUAUGACUACUCCAGAGAGAUGAUGUACUUGGCAUGUAUGCUGUAGACAACAGAAUGGAAGUAUAGUUUCAAACAAUUACACAAGGAGCUGUGGAUCCACCCUUGUUUGUAAGGAGUACUGCUAUCAUGCUAUGUAUUGUUAUGCCAUUGAAUAAAGAGAUCUCCUGAAUAAAGAUACUUACCCAUA